AUGAAACCAGCAUCGAUCAGUUGGAAAACAUAUACACUAUCAACAAGAAAAACUGUUCAAUAUGCCGAAAUAACAAUGUUAAGUUUAUCGACAGCAGAAAAGCUUAAACUGGCAUCCGCAUUUUAUCGUUUUCAUUUAUCGAUCCAAGUGAAUAUACCAAGUAUACAACUUUCGCAUACUGUUGUGUUGGAAACAUCAAAGUUUGUCAUUGGUACAAAUACUUCUCAGAUUACAAACAAGACCGCAAAGGUUAUGCUAAAUGAUAUUGAAGAAUUUAGCGGGACAAUUUCUCCGUCAACAGUUGAAGAAUAUGUAUGCCGUUAUUUUAAGCAAAAAAUAAGAGUUGAACCGCUCAAAUGUGUUCGCUCAUAUGUUCAGCAACAACUAAACAAAGCUUGCGAAAAUGCCGAUCCGAAAAAAGUAACUUUGAAUUUCUUAACACGAUUUAUAACUCAAGCAGAAUUUAUGGUUACAUAUCCGUUGUUAGCACUGCUUCAUGCCGAUGGUCUCUUAUUAGGUAUAUGUGACAGUUCAUUAACAAAAGAUCUAAUUGUCACUAAUACAGUCUCGUCAAUCGGUCUUCGUUUCAAUUCGAUCACGCAGGAGAACCAAACUCAAACUAAAAAUGCUGUCUCAGUAAGAGUAGAUGUUCAUAAUAAGCAAGACAAAUUUGAACGACAAACAUUGAAUUCAAAUGAAUUAAUGGAAGACUUCUGUAAUCUUAUUUGUGCUGCGCAUGCACAAAAAUUUGAAGCAUCUAUUUUAUCUGAUAUCGUUAAUGGAUCGAAGGGUGUUUAUAAAUUAAACAGCGAUUUUUCUAAUUAUUUUGAUGAAAAACUUCCCAGAUUAUUUCAAGAAAACCUUACGCCAUAUACACCAGUUUUUCCAAAGGGUUUACAUUUUUCACAAAACAAAAGUGCACCAUUUGCAUCAUCGACUCCUAAUGAGAGUGUAACUACUUCAUCAUAUGACACUUCAACAUUUCAACAAAUGCCAAGAAGCACUUUUGCUAACACAAAUCUUCCACCGAUACAUAGUUACAAUAUUAGUUCAAAUCAAACACAGAUGCAACCGAUAGAUCCGCCUUGUACUCGUCCAGCAGCAGUAAUGUCUGGAAUUUCAACUUCAAUCACUCCAUCGAUACUGCUUCCACAACAAAAUGCACAAAACAUUCGCGGCUUUACAAUACCCACCAGUCAGUCAAACCCUAACAUUGAAACAUCAUACGGAGCAAUUGCUGAAUCACCUUGGAGCAUGCUUGAUAGUUCAUCGCAACUUAUAAAUGAGUCUCGUAGUGUACAUCUAAAUGAUCUUAGUCCUCCUCGAUUGCCACUUAAUCAUUUUAAUACAUUCUCUACAACAUUCAGUCAAUCCAGCUCCAGUAAGGCCUUUGAGAUUCACCUCAAUCAGCCAACAGCUCCAUCUCAAUUGACUCCUUCACAGAUAUUAAAUAUGCCUUUGCAUUAUUAUAAAGCAUUUAAUCCGCCGUCGAAUGUAACUUUACAUCAACAACUGAUCGCAUCCCAUGCCCAGACAUCUUCAAAUGCUGGAAUACCGCAGUGUGCAAAUUCAAUAGAAUGUAGUUAUGACAUAGGACCGCCGACAGAAUUGCAUUUACUGUCCCCAGGUGAAGCUGAAAAACCCUUUCGGUAUAUAACAAUUUGGAAUAAUGACAGCCCGACUGACGUUGAUCAGUGGAAUAAUGAUAUUCUUGAUAUUAACAUGGAUGACUGUUGA